AUUGUUAUUAAAUAUUCUGCCAGGAAUUUUGUUGGAGGGAGCGCACCAUACCGGCAAGAUCUGAAUCUAAGAAGGCUAGGACGGAUUGAUUUUAUGGAAGAAGGUCCUCCCAUGACUAAAACAGAGCAAAAGGUUUUUUGUUAUUUUAUGAGAAGAAGAGUUUCACAUGAGACGCUUCGAACCAUAGAGAUCCAAUUAAGCAUCUUGUACGAGCUCCUUCAUACCAAGUUGCCCGUAGUUGAUUCCAAGAUUGGUUAUAUUUGCCGGAUGGUUGACUUUGGUUGCAUCUUGGGAGCCUUGGUGUCCUUCUCAAUAUUACUUAAGAAGUACUACCAUAGUAAGUUGGGGGAGUUUGACAUCUGGCUGACAUAUGGGUUGCUGAUUGGGGCUUUGGCAUUGGAUUUGAUAUCUAUUUGGUUACUCAUGUCCUCUGAUUGGAUUGCUGUUAGGCAGUACUCUAACAAAAAGAAUUAUGAGAAAUUCAUUAAUAGGUACAGGUGGUCUAACUCAGUUCCCCAAUUAAAUAUCUUUGAUUGUCAUUUCAGUAAUAAAGACGGACAUUAUGCAAACAAAUUGGUUGAUUUUCUUGGCAAAAGGUUUGAAACCAUAAGAAGAAGAAUUCUAUGUGUGUCCUCCAAAGAUUUUGUAGAAGAACAAGCUUGGAAAUUCAUUUUUACAACGCUACAAGAACAGGGUAUUGGAGUUGCCGGCUCGAAAAUCUUUGGUUCAUCUAGAAUUCUCACCGGUCAUAUUACCAACUUCGCUUGGACCCUGAAGAAGUUUGAACAUAUGGAUAGCCUCCUGAUAUGGCACAUAGCGACUGAAAUAUGCUACCAAAAAGAAUGUUCAGAUAACAGCCCCAGCAAUUCUACCUCUACAUCUACUAAUUGCUUUGAUCACCGAAAAAUAUGCAAGUUGAUUUCAGAUUAUAUGUUUUACCUUUUGGUGAUGGAGCCUAGGAUGACAGCCACCUCGCCUAACAAUUUGAAGAUGGUUUUUGAGGUUAUAGACUCUGAUGAAAAAUGGAAGUGGCCAAGUUAUACGGAGAAGGGAUCCAAAGAAACAUUCACUAAAGAUCCAAGAAAGCUAUUGGAAGAAGAAGGUGAAGACGAUCAUAUAGAUCUAGAUAUGUUGAAGGAAGAUGAGGACAAGUUAGAACCCGUUCAAAUUGAACAUGUAGCUAGAUUUUCGAGAAUAGAUGCUGCACGUCUUCUUGCCAAGGAGCUUCUGAAUCAGCCCGGUGGUUGUCCGUGGGAAUUAAUGGGCAGAUUUUGGGUAGAAAUAGUAUGUUAUGCUGCUAUUAAUUGCCAACCCAAUGCCCAUGCACGACAAGUAAGCAGAGGUGGACAAUUUCUCACCUUGGUUUGGUUGUUGAUAAAUUACUUGGGAUUAACUCCCCCUUCAAUGAAUCUAGAGUUGUUUUCAUUUAACCCUGACAUAGCAUAUGUGAAGGCAAAUGCACGGCGCAUAAGACGCCAGUAUGCGUCAACAGAUUUAUGAAAAUUUG